UUCUCGGGUUCAAAGUAAACAACAGAAAGUGUUCGCAAGUCAGGGAAAGUGAGAAGUUGGACCAUUUAGAACUUUUAUCAACGCAGUCUGAAAUUUGACAAGAAAACCGCAGACUUUGUGAAUUUGUUACUUAGUUUCGACGCCUAGAAAAUGGAGUAAAACGUGAAAAAAGACCUUCACGUUAGCUCAAGAGGGUGUCUGGUUGUAAGAUCUCAAACACCAUGUGGACAUUGCGGAGAAAUAAUGUACUUGCUGUUAUUGUGAUUAUUAUUAUAGCUGCUCCUCGAGACUGUGACGGCACGUGCACCUACCCAAGUGCUCUCGACGGCGUUUUCUACAGCUCCCAUGACGGCUACAUCACGUGGAACACCACGACAUUCGGCCAGUAUACAGUCACAACCUUCAGCCAGACCUUUGCUAACCUCGAGUACGAGUGUCACCUUAACGACGGCAAUUACUAUAUCGGAAGGUCGGCGUCGUUCACGAUUUACACCGGCCCCUUCUACGCCUACAUCUGCCUGGAGCUGCACAGGGUGUCCGACAACCUCUUCUACUACUACUAUGCCACCACUGAGCUGAGUGGCGCUAAUGGAGCCCGGGUGAAGAUCCUGCCAACCAGCACCAGCGUCACAUCUGCCGCCAGCAUCUGUGACGAACCAACGCCAUACGAUGACGGCACCUUCAGCAUCCUUUACAGAAAUGGCACCAGCAUAUCGACAGAGGCAACCACCUGUCCCACUGCCCUACAAGGAAACUAUUUUUACACCCUCAACGACGGCACAACGAAACACUGCAACAACGACAGUUACCUCGACGUGUGUACCGACACGAAGCGUCUUAUUUUCAACUACACCGAGUGCAACACCACCAACGCGCUGUAUUCAGCUGGCGGGCAGUUGUACUGUCUCUACAGUCAGAACACAAGCUCCACACACUACGUGAUUCUGUACAACGCUGACGCGAGUGUCGACGACAGCACAACCUACCAGACUGUCUGCAUGGUUCUACAGAAGGACAGCAGUGGUGUAGGCUACGCUACCCAGUAUCCCAAAGAAUGCCAGAACACCACCGUGAUGAACUCCACAGCAGUUGCCUCCCCUGGAGCCAGUUUGAUCUUUACACUCAAUGAUUCCUGUCCUGUCGCAACGACUGUGACGCCGGCCCCCGUUGAACAAACCAACACCGCCUCUGCCUCUGUAAUCGGGGGAACGCUCGGGACUCUCAUCAUCAUCGCUGCCGCCGUCGUCAUCUUCCUCGGCGUCUUGUGGUGGAUAAAGAAUAAGAAGACGUCAUCCAAGGUGGAUAAGGCGGACAAGGCGGAAGACAAGGAAGAGAUUAUACCUCAAGGUCAUGGCGACAUCAACUCAAGGACGUUAUUCACGCCGACUAACAAGAUCCCACUUGAACGCGACAACGAAAUCAUUUCACAACGUCACAUCCGCACCAGCUUCGACGACGCUGACGGCACGGCGGGAGGCGAAGGGGAGAGCAUUACAAAUGAGUACGGGGAGAUCCAAGCUGACGAGAUCAUGAUAGUCUCUGAAGGUACGACUGUGAGCAAUGACCAGAUGACAGAGGCCAGUCUCCCCAUGUCCAGCGAGGGAGGGGAGACGCCGCAACCCACCGAAGUGACACCUCCCGGAGUGGUCAACGAAGACGUUGUGGAGACAUCUCCCAGAGUGGUGAAGGAAGACGCCGAGAGUGCUCCAGCCACCGCACGCACACCCCGAGAUUGAACUUCGACGGGCAAACAUGGCAGCCUUAUAUUAACAUCAGGAUAACGUUAAAGUUGAAUCAUAGACGUAUUAAAUUGUUUACCAACUAACAACGGACUGGGUGUAGUUACACCAAUCGCCUCCUCGCCAGAACUUUAGUGGCUCCUAGUGGUUAGCGCGCUGGCUCGUCACUUCGAAGACCCGGGUUCGAUUCCCCACAUGGGUACAAUGUGUGAAGCUCAUUUCUGGUGUCCCCCGCCGUGAUAUUGCUGGAAUAUUGCUAAGAGCGGCGUAAAGCCAUACUCCCUCACUCACUCACUCAUAUUUCAAACUUUCAUUGUUCAUUUCAAGUAGGUAUACGUGUAAGUCAGUUUCAGGGUGCUUCAUACGAGUACAGUAGGGUGAAGCGCGCAUUAAAUACACAGGAGACAGAAGAUCCUGGCGACAGAACUCGGAAAUGUUAAAAACUGGUUGUAUUACUUUAUAUAGUCAUACAUUACUGUUAGAUCCACGUGCAUAUUGACAGGUCCAUACGUGUCGUUUUUGCAAUGUGUGAACCGAGACAUUAGCCCUGUGUACAUGGAUUAAUGAUUAACUAGUAUAUUGACGUGUAAAAUUGAGUUAGUAGAUAAAUAAAGUUUUUAAAAUAAUUGGAAUCAAAUCUCACAGAACUGCAAGAAGCAAGCGUCUUGCCCUAUAAAACCAUCGUAUGUUCUGUUAUAUAUGUGAAAAGAAGAGGUUGCCCUAUGUCUUGUUACCUAUCUAUUCAUCACUACUAUUUUAUCAGUAAUGGAUCGUAAGACAUGUGUUCAGUCUUUAGAACCUCCACGAUAAAGCACUUAUAUACCAAGCGAUUUUAGUUGUGCCUUACAAGUUAUAC